AUGAUGGGUUGGCACAUAGCCCUUACGCGGACAGUUCAACACCAUUUAAUGACGAAGGAGCACAGAGACGCGAUGAACCUCUACCAUGAAGCCCGGGGUGCGAAGCGGCGUCAAAAUCAAGACAUUGCGAUUGAUGCCACAGUAACGGCAACGUUAUCAGCGUACACUAUAGCUAAGCAAGGCCUCCCCUUAACUUCACAAUUUCCUCUCAUGAUGCUUGCUGAGCCGGCGCAAGGGUUGGCACUGCUCAUUAUGAAGCCACCACCGCGAAGCUUAUGA